AUGUCGUUAUCCGGAGCCGUCACCGUAGUCGUAGGCCUCUGGCUUUGGCUGAUGUUGCUAGGAGCGGUUGUUCCCCCUGUUGACGGAUUACGUUGUUAUGCCUGCAGUUUGACGACCACGUCCGGCGAUAAGAGGUGCCUCACCGAUCCGGCCGCUGUCGAAGGGCAAAGCAUUGUGACGUGCAAGUACAAGUACUGUACCAUCCAGCGACAGGAAUUACUGGAUCCACCCGGAAAGCUGAACACGUUCCUGCGCGGCUGCGAUGAGAAUCCCCUGUAUCUAGACGAUGUCGUGGAGGAUUCCACCUUCCGAGGAUACUACCGGUCCUGCUCAACCGAUCUGUGCAACUCAGGUGAUGGCCUGCAAAGCGCAAAUCAAAUGUCCGGACUGGACGCGGGCGCGUCGGAAAAUCUUCUUGUGCCAGGAAUGUUGAAUGGGACCCCCGGGAGGCGGCAAAUGGUGCAUCCAAUUUGGCCUUCAGCUGGAAUGUUGAUUCUGGUGUACAUUCGUAGUUGGACAUGA